AUGCUCAAGGUUCUCACGCUCAAUGCUGGCGAAGACUCUCUUCUCGAUGUGUUGGCAGUAGCCAACAGUUUGCACAGCAAGUCUGGACCGUUUGCAUGUGCGCUCAUCAUGGGCGAUGUGCCGUCCUCUAGUAGUGAUGCUGAACUAAAGGACCAGGAGAUGUUGCUGCCCACGUACAUAUGUGGUGGCUCGAGACAGGUGGAGGGGAAGGACAAUGGGUCGUUCGAGAUGAAUGAGAAUUUGACGUUGUUGAACGGGUUUGGGUUUCUCAAGCUUGCAAGUGGCUUGCGAGUGGCGUACAUGGCGGAUUGCGGGUGCGUUGGGGACGCCAAGGCUCGAUUACAGGUGGUUGAGGAGUUUGAGCGUGUUUCGAGCUUGGAGAGCUGCGAUAUCCUGCUGUCCCACGACUGGAGCGAUGCGAUAUCAGCAAGAGAAAACGUUUUGCUGGGAGAAGCUACAGCCUCGGGCCAGGGCCAGGGCCAGGGCCAGGGCCUCGUGGACCAGAUAGCCAAGAUGCUCAAGCCCAAGUACCAUUUCUCAGGCCAGAACAAGAAACAGUUCUUCGAAUUGGACCCGUUUUGCUGGGACCAUGCGCACUCCAACGGACAAGAGCACGAUCACGUUUGCCGGUUCAUCAACGUCGCACAGUUCAAGAGCGGCUCGAAGUGGGCGUAUGCGUUCAAGAUCAGACUCCAAAACGGCCCAGAGUACAUCCCAGACAACUUGAUAGACAACCCAUACGCAGCAGCAGAAUUAGCCAACAACAAGAAGCGUUCUCUUGAAGAAGAAGAGAGUAGUACUAGUAAUACGACAAAAAAGAAGACGGCUAAACAAAUCCUACCGGCCGAUUGUAGAUUCUGUUUGAGCAACAGCAAGCUCAACGACCAUAUGAUCAUCGCUAUCAGCAAAUCGUCCUACCUAACCAUCGCCAAGGGCCCAUUAUCGACGCCAACAGACACCAUGAACUUUUCCGGCCACUGUCUAAUCAUUCCAAUAGAACACAUCCCAAAGCUGAACCCCGAAACCAACCAAGAAGAUAGUACUAAUAGUAGUACUACUACUACCACCACCUUCAACUUCGCGGACUCGCCGUUGAACCUCGAUAUGCUGCGUUUCGAGUCCUCUAUAGCAGAAAUGUUCUUCAAGCGCUUUGACAUGUCCACCUUGGUCUUCGAAAUAAACUCAACAAACGCUAUCCAUUUCCACAAACAGCUGCUACCAAUCCCCAAGUACCUCAUUGCAAACUUCACCAACGCAUUGCACCGCCAGGUGCACUUGAACAACGAGAAAUACAAGGGAAACGCAAAACUAGAGUUCCGCGAGUACCAAGGUUUCAACAACGAUGAGUAUCUGUCACUGGUAAACGAUCCAAAGACAAACUACUUCCAGUUCACCAUCAGAGAAACAGCAACAAGCGAGCCACGAGUAUUCAUCAGCACUUUCAAGAAGGACGACCGAAUCGACCUUCAGUUCGGUAGGAGAGUGGCCGCAUUCUUGUUGAAACAGCCAAAGAGAACCAGAUGGGACUCCAAAGAGUGCUUGCAAAGCAAACAAGAGGAAGAACAAGAAGUUACCGAGUUCCAAAGAGCAUACAAAGAGUAUGAUUUCACAAUGCAAUAA